AUGGCCGUGACAAUGGCUGACCUAGGACAGCACCCCGUUCUCGCCUUCGUGCUUUUCAGUAUCGUCUUGCUCGUCGUUAAAAAUGUAUACAAUUCUAUCCGAGCAAGCCAACGAGCCAGGUCACUCGGCUGUCUGCCAGGCGUUUAUGGUUCAUCAGGUCCCUUUGGCCUAGGAUUCUUCAUGACAGUCGCCAAAGCCGCCAAAAAAGGAACGAGAAUCCAGCUGCACGACUCGCUGUACAAGACCCAUGGCAACACCUUCAAGCAAAAGAUCCCCGGCAACGAGAUCCUCUUCACAAUCGAGCCUGAGAAUGCCAAAGCGAUUCUGACUACCCAGUUUGCCGACUUUGGACUGGGUCACCGCGCAAGAACCUUCUGGCCGUUGCUCGGCGAUGGCAUCUUCAACGCAGACGGCCGUACCUGGUCGCACGCGAGGACCUUGUUGCGGCCUCAGUUUACCAAAGACCAGGUUGCCGACUUGCAGCUCAUGGACGAGCAUAUCAAGACCUUCAUCGAGGCCAUCCCCAAGGACAAGUCCCUCUUUGACAUCCAGCCGCUGUUUUUUGCUUUUACCAACAACUCUUCUACCCAUUUCUUGUUUGGAGAAUCUUUGGCAGGCCCAGAAACCUCAUCCGGCAGCGGUGCCGUGCAAUUUGGCCGUGCAUUCGACAAAUCGCUCGAAUGGCUUAGUCGCCGCGUGAGUGCACAGAAACUGAGCUUCCUGGUUGACGGAAACAAAGAAUAUACUUCUGCCUGCAAAUAUGUCCACGACAUUGCCGACCACUACGUCCGUCUUGCGCUAGAGUCACGCGCCGAGGCGAAAAAGUCGGAUCGGUACAUCUUCCUACAAGCGUUGGCUAAGGAUACCCAGGAUCCCAAGGUUCUAAGAGACAACAUUCUGAACCUGCUGAUUGCCGGCCGCGAUACCACGGCUAGCUUGCUAAGCUCUGUCCUUUUCUACCUAUCCCACGCGCCAGAUGCAUGGAAGAAGUUGCGUCAAGAAAUCCUCGACGAGUUUGGAGAUGUUGCGCAUCCGACUGGCGAGAUCACACACGCCAAGAUCAAGAAUAUGCGAUACUUGCGAUAUGUGCUCAAUGAGGCACUUCGACUCCUACCCCCAGUGCCCAUCAACAGCCGCAUGGCAUUCAAAGACACAUCUCUUCCCCUCGGCGGCGGCCCCGACGGAAAAUCGCGCGUGUUUGUUAAACAGGGCACUGUGAUCCCCUUCAGCUUGUACACAAUGCACCGCCGAAAGGAUAUCUGGGGCGAGGACGCCGAGGAAUUCGAUCCAGAGCGAUGGGCUCGCGAUGGCUCGCACACCUGGGAGUAUAUUCCGUUUAACGGUGGGCCACGCAUUUGUCUCGGUCAACAAUACGCCCUCAUUGAAGCGAGCUAUAUGAUGAUUCGCCUGGCGCAGAACUUUGACACGCUGAGAAAUGAUGGCGGUAGUCGCGUGCCUGAUGCAAAGGUUGAUUUGACCUUGACGCAUCGCAAUGGGGUCAAUGUGCGCUUGUAUUCGAGUAGUGCCUGCACGAGCAACAAGAAACAAGACGAACCCCUCUCGAAUCCCCCAUCGCAAUUCAACCCCGGCUACCUCGACGUCGCCAUGGGCAAACAUGAAGACGUCGUAGCCAAAAUCUCGCGCCUGGUGUCGCAAUUCCACAAAGCCAACCAGCCCUACCGCAUCUUCCACGGCUCAACCAACAGCACACGCCCUCGCCCCAAUGCCCAGAACCAGAAAUUCGUCGACAUCAGCGCGCUCAACAAUGUGUUGCGCGUCGAUGACCAAGCUAAAAAGGCUUAUGUCGAGCCCAAUGUGCCCAUGGACCGGCUCGUCGAGGCGACGCUCAAACACGGCUUGAUCCCACCGGUGGUCAUGGAGUUUCCGGGCAUCACAGCCGGAGGAGGAUACUCGGGAACCUCUGGCGAGAGCUCGAGUUUUAGACACGGGUUUUUUGAUCGUACGAUUGACUCGGUGGAAAUGGUUCUGCCCAAUGGCGAGGUGGUCAAGACGAGUGAGCAGAACAAGCCGGAUCUAUUUCAUGGAGCGGCUGGCGCGGUGGGCAGUUUGGGGGUUACAACGCUGAUCGAACUGAACUUGAUCAAGGCAAAGAAAUUUGUCAAAGUUACGUACGAGCGCAAGAACAGUGUUGCGGCAGCGAUUGAGGCUUUCCAAAAAGAAUCUGCGGACCCGGAAAACGCAACAUUUGAUUACAUCGACGGCAUCCAGUUCUCGCCCGACCAUGGCGUUGUGGUCAAGGGUGAAAUGACAGACGAGAAACCCGCAGACGCUCCAGUGAAAACAUUCAGUAAUCCAUGGGACCCUUGGUUUUACCUCCACGCACAGGAGAUUACAAAGUCCAACGACGUGGCUACAGAGUACGUACCAUUGGCCGAGUACCUGUUCCGAUACGACCGAGGCGGAUUUUGGACUCCUUACACGGGACGCAUGCUCAACAUUGGCCUCUGGGGCUUCGGGCCUGCCAGACAGAAAGAAUUCGUCGCCAAGAACCGCGAUCUAGAGCAUAAGCUGAGCGAACUCGGUGGCAUGAAAUGGCUGUAUGCCCACACGUACUCGCCCGAGGAUGAGUUCUGGAAGGACUUUGACCUUUUUCCCAUCCGCCAACUCGCUAUGGCUGACAACGUGCUGGACGACAUUUCGCACCGGAGAUUCAAUCCUCUCCGCGGAUCCUACGUGCUGGUGUCUCCCCAUCGGACGAAGCGGCCAUGGCAAGGACAGCAGGAAUCCCCGUCCAAAACCGUCUUGCCGUCAUACGACCCGGCAUGCUACCUGUGCCCCGGAAACGCGCGCGCGCAGGGCGAUGCCAAUCCGCAGUAUACAAACACUUUUGUCUUUGUCAAUGAUUACAGCGCGGUCAAGGAGGAGCAAGCCGAGUACAAACCGCAUGGAGAUGAAAACGAAUCCUUCUUCCUCCGCGCCGAGCCCGUCGUAGGCAAAUGCUACGUCCUCACCUUUUCCGCCGCACACAACUUGACGCUGGCCGAUCUGUCUGCUACCGAGAUUGUGCCUGUCAUCGACGCCUGGACGGAGAUUUAUACCUCGCAUCUCUCACCCAAAAACCCGCUUGCCCAAGUCGCUCCGGCCACGCAUCUUCCCCCCGAUGCGCCGACUGCCUCGCUCACCAAGCCCAAGAUGCAGUACCGGUAUAUGCAAAUCUUCGAGAACAAGGGCGCCGCCAUGGGCUGCUCAAACCCGCAUCCGCACGGCCAAGUAUGGACGACGAGCAGUCUGCCCGAGGAACCGAUGGUUGAGCUCGAGCAGCUGAAAAAAUACCGUGCUGAGCACGGUGGGAAGCAUCUUCUGGGCGAUUACGUUGCGCUCGAAGUGAGCAAACAAGAGCGCGUUGUGUUUGAAAAUGAUGGGUUUGUUGUGUUGUGUCCCUGGUGGGCUACAUGGCCCUUUGAGACUAUGAUUAUCAGCAAAACACACAAACGCGCGCUCGUCGAUUUGAAUGCCGACGAAAAGGUGCAGCUGGCAGAGGCUAUUGCGGAAAUCACGCGGCGAUAUGAUAACCUGUUUGAGACGCAUUUCCCUUAUAGCAUGGGUAUUCAUCAGGCGCCGCUUGAAGGCACGGAUGAGGAGAUUGAGUCGUCGUGGUUGCAUUUGCACUUUUAUCCCCCGUUGUUGCGCAGUGCGACUGUGCGCAAGUUUCUCGUUGGGUAUGAGAUGAUGGCCGAGCCUCAGCGGGAUAUCACCCCGGAGCAGGCGACCUCCAAGCUAAAGGCCUGCGGCGGUGAGCUGUACAGGAAGAAAUUGUAG